UUUACAGUCGUCUGUGUACCGCCGACGGUCGACAACAAAGCUUAACAUGACGGAGCUCUGCAACGUUGCCCGCAGCGUCUCAAUCAUGGAGGCACGUCGCAUGUAGUGCAGUUUCAAGUCUCUAUGCAAGGUGUCGUCACCUGUGCGCACCUCACCGUGGACAAAGCCGAACAUGACUGAGCUAAACUACAGCGUUGCUAGCAGCAUCUGAAUCAUCGAAGCACGUCAAAUGUAGUGCAGCGUCAAGUUGUCAACGCAAGGUGUCAUCGCCUGUGCACACCACACCAAAAGCCGAAUGUGACUGAGCUGAACUGCAACAUUAUCCCUAACGUCGUGGUUUCCUCCUUUUCUUGUCAAGGUUGCGCUAACAUAGACAGUUUGAGUACGAUGCCUGCUAUUAGGUACUUCCAGUGCCCCCGCUGUCAGCAUAGGGCUUUCACUGUCAGGUCCCUCCUACGCCACUUCAGUUCAUCGCACGGCCUUGAGAGAAACUGGAUCUGUGACCUAGGGAGCUGCUCAAAAACAUACAAGUCGCUCUUUCGUUUCCGAGAGCAUAUCCUUGCAAAGCACAUCAACGAACAACCGCAACAUGUUACUUCUGAUGAGCAACCACCUGCUGCUAAUCCACACCUGGAGGGUACGGACAAUAUCGGUGAAGAUGUAGCAAGUGCUGUCUUUGAGCAAGUCCAGGAGCAGCCACAAGCAAUUGCGAGUACUUCGGCAAGCACACCCGCUGCAGAUCUGCCUGCUGUGGAAGGUGGUCUCGGAAAGAGACUUGCAUCCUUGAUUUUGAAAUGGAAGGAAGCAAGAAGGCUUCCAGAAUCCACCAUCAAUGAAAUUGUCGGUGACAUAUUUGUGUUCCUGCAUAGCGUUGGUCCACACCUUGCAGCCAUCCCGCACAGUGACGUGGAGUCACACAUAAACAUGGAAGUCGCUCACCUGUGUACUAGAAACGGCCGUGAAACAUUUUGGGAGGACGCGUUUGAUUAUGUCCACCCUGUCACCAUGUACCUAGACGAACCGGGUGCUGCACGAGAAAGUUACCAGUAUGUGCCCAUACUGGACACACUGAAGCACUAUCUCGAGUGGUGUGGCACAUCAAUCACAAUGCAGACCCCUAGCAGCACUGACUAUCUGAGCUGCGUUUUUGACGGUUCCGCCUUCAAAGAACAUACAUAUUUCUGUGGUGACUACGAAAAAUUGUGUCUUCAUCUUUAUACAGAUGAAUUUGAGAUCUGCAAUCCCAUUGGGCCACACAGACUAAAGCACAAAUUGAUGGCAAUCUACUACACUGUGCUGAACGUGCCACCAAUUUUCAGAACUCAUACCGAUCAUAUUCAUCUGGCACUCGUAUGUAAGGACAAGUACAUCGAAAAGCAUGGCUUUGACAAAAUUCUUGAGCGCCUCCAUCAAGACAUCGCCCACUUGGAAACAGAAGGGAUAUCAGUUCACGGAUGACAAGUGACUGGCACCGUCCUGUGUCUCUCAGGUGACAACCUCUCAAGCCAUCGAAUAGGGGGGUUCAAGGCUAGUUUCAGCCAUGGACAUAUUUGUAGAUUUUGCAUGGCGGUGCAGUCUGAGAUAGGAAGCAAACACAGAGAGCAGGAUUUUGUCUUGCGUACACCAAUGCUGCAUCAGUACCACUUGGACAUGCUCAGGGGUGGUGUUUCAACGUUGUCUCUCUUCGGCGUAAAGUCUCCGAGUCCGUUACAUACCAGUGGAUUUGAGCCAACACACCACCUCCCACCAGACUUAAUGCAUGAUCUCCACGAAGGCGUCCUGCCAUUCAUUUUGCGUCAUAUCAUUGCAUACCUCAUUUCCAAUGGAUUUUUCAGUCUUGAUCUGCUCAAUGAACGUCUUCUAAACUUUCAGUAUGAUGUGUGUGAUGUAAAGAACAAGCCGGAACCAGUCUCGCCUACAUUUUUGUCGACUGGGGGAGUGAUGAAAGGAAGUGCAUCUCAGAAGUACUGCCUCUUCAGGCACCUGGCGCUCUACAUUGGUGACUGCGUACCACAUGAAGAUGAAGCGUGGCAUUUGUAUAUUUCAUUCCGCCAUGUUGCUGAUAUCAUCAUGAGCAGACGCGUACCGCUUUCUUAUGUUUCAUAUCUCGAGCGCUGUAUUACGUUCGCUCUUCAGGAUUUUGCAAGGUUGUUCCCGCAAGUGCGUGCUCCAUGUAAAUUACACUACCUUGUUCACUAUCCGAGAUAUCUCGAGAUGUACGGACCCCUUGUAGGCGUGUGGUGCAUGCGUUACGAAGCUAAGCACCAAUAUUUUAAGGACAUUGCGCGAAAAAUUCACAACUGCAAGAACAUUGCCCUAUCACUUGCAAAACGCCAUCAGUUGUAUCAAAUGUACGUGUGGUCACACCGUAAUGCAGGACAUGUCAUCUCCACCAAUGGUGCAAGGGACAUUUUAGUUGAAGAUGCUCCACAUCACAUCAGGGACUAUCUCAUCAACAAUCGCAUUGUUACUGAAACUUUGCAGUCAGUGGAGAGCGCUACGAUCGAAAGCCAGACAUUCAGAGUUG